CUUAUCAGAAUGAUGAAAAUGAUAAUGUCUACUUCCCGGUCUGGGUUGUCCCAGUCCGGAUCCUCUCAAUCCAAGUCUAGAUCGAUGUCUAGAUGCGGAACACCCGUUGAUGAAAGAGCCCCAAAUGACGGUGCUGAAUCUACUAGCCGUGGUAAAAAAACACCCCCACCAAAGGAGGCUCCAUCGUCCAUGAUCAUGAAAAUUGUGGAUGCCAUCAACACCAUGAAGGACAAAAAGGGAACAUCUGCUCAGGCAAUUCAAAAAUACAUUGCCACCACCAGCAUGGCAAAUGUUCCUCCAGCACUGCUGAAAGGGCAAAUAAGGAAAGCACUCAGGGAAGGCCUGAAUGAGGGAAUUUUGAUUCGACCGAAAGGUACAAAAAGCACUGGUGUCACUGGCCGUUACCAUCUAGCUCUUCAAAAAAGCAAUCACCAUUUUAUAAGACGUCCAUGUGGACAAAGCAGUAAAGGUGAAAAAGGGGGUAACGGUGGCCAUCGUGCUAGUCGUCAAAGAGAUAGAUCCGACGGUCGAAAAAGAAAACGAAAAGGACGAAGCCAGUCCGGACGUCGCCAAUGCCAAAGUGCAUCAAAAGGCACAUCUCGGAGUAAAUCGCGAGAAUCACUGAAAGGUGUGGCGAGCAGUGGACCAUCAGAAGGUGCAUCGAGUAGUGGAUCGCUAUGUCGUAAACGAAAGCGUACUUCAUCAAAAAGUGCGAAGAGAAGUGGAGCACCAAAAGGUGCAUCGAGAAGUGCAUCAAGACGUCGGAAACGAAUGCGUACUUCAUCAAAAGAUGUGGUGAGUAGUGGAUCAUCAAAAGGUGCAUCGAGAAGUGGAUCGCGAUGUCGUAAAAGAAAGCGUUCUUUAUCGAAAGGUGCGUUGACCAAAGGCGAUGGCGACGAAGCAGUUCAACCAAAGCCUCCAAAAUGCCCAAAACCUACAAAGGAUCCAAAUAAUCCAAAGAAUAAAUAUGAUCCAAAGCAUCCAUUUAAUCCAGGGGAUCCAAGGAAGCCAAGGAAACCAAGGAAACCAAAGAAGCCAAAGAUUCCAGGGAAAGAAAAAGAAGGAAGUAUAAAACGUGAUGGUAACGAAUCAGCUCAGCCACAGCCUCCAAGGGGUCCAGAUUUUCCAAAUAGUCCAUUUGAUCCAAAGAAUCCAAGGGAUACAAGGCAAUCAAAGAAUCCAGGGAAUCCAAAGAAGCCAAUAAUUCAAAGGAAACGAAUAAAAAAAAAUGCAAAACUUGCAUUAAUAACAAGCGAUGGCGACGAAGCAGUCCAGCCAAAGCUUCCAAAGCGUCCGCAGAUUACAAAGCCUUCAGUGGAUCCAAAGUUUCCAAAGAUUCCAAAGAAUCCAUUUGAUCCAUAUGAUCCAAAAGGUCCAAAGAAACCAAAGAAGCCAAGGAAACCAAGGAAACCAAAAAAAGGAAGCACAAAAGCAAGAAAGGCAGAGGACGUGUCAAAUCACUUAGGAUAAAAACAACAAUAAUAAUGUUUUUUAAAAAGCACCAAACAUUAACGGACCAAGAAACACUGGACGGACAACAAGGAAGUAUCACGGGAAAAUCUGGUGAUCGUUCUAUCCAAGUAAAUCACCAAACGUUCAAUGAUUGGACAGACAGCAAGGGAAUAGUACCGAAAAGUUUGGUGGUUCUAUCAAACAAAGCACCUUACAUUCAACCAUUGGACGGACAGCAAGGAAGUUGUAUGGAAAAAGUUGGUGGUGGUUCUAUCAUAAAACAUCGCCAAAUAUUUAACCAUUGCACGGACAGCAAGGAAGUAGCAUGGAAAAUCUCAACAUUGGACAGCAAGGAGAUAGCACAGAAACAUAUGGAUGGACAGCAAGGAAGUAGCACGGAAAAAUCUGGUUGGACAACUGGUGGUUUUUCUAUCGAACAAAUCACUAAACGUUCAACAAGCCCCAAAAAUAACAAGGAAGUAGCAGGGACAAAUCUGGUGGUUGUUCUAUCAAACAAAUCACUAAACGUUCAACAAGCCCCAAAAAUAACAAGGACGUAACACGGACAAAUAUGGUGGUUGUUCUAUCAAACAAAUCGCCAAAUAAACAACCGGCCCUUUUCAGGGCCACCAAACCACUUGAA